AUGGUGCAAGCUUCGAUGUUGAGUUGUCCCCUGAAGCAGACAACCGAUGUCGACUGGAUAAAUCCAAUUAAGAAUUACAUUCGAGAUACCUACGGCGAUGACCCCGAGAAGUACUCUGAGGAAUGCUCCACCCUCAGUAAACUGCGUUCGGACAUGAGGGGAGCUGGUUCGGAUUCGGCGAGUGGAAGAGACUUGCUCUACAGAUACUAUGGACAGCUCGAACUUUUGGACCUGCGAUUCCCGGUGGAUGAGCAGCAUGUCAAAAUUACAUUCACCUGGUUUGACGCAUUCCUGAAGACUUCGACAAGCCAACAUAGCCUGGCGUUCGAGAAAGCAUCAGUUAUUUUCAACAUUGCCGCAGUAUUGUCAUGCCAUGCAGCCGCCCAGAAUCGGGCCGAAGACAAAGACCUCAAGACCGCCUACCACUCCUUCCAAGCAUCCGCGGGCAUGUUCACUUAUAUUAAUGACAAUUUCCUCCACGCGCCAUCGACCGACCUAAAUCGAGAAACCGUCAAAAUUUUAAUCAACAUUGUCCUGGGACAAGCGCAAGAGAUAUUCCUGGAGAAACAAGUCCGGGAUGGGAAGAAGCCAGCACUACUAGCAAAGCUCGCCGCACAGGCGCAGUUUCUAUUCAGCCAAGCGAAAGAGGGUUUUGAGUCUGACCACGCCCGAGGUGUUUUCGAUCCAAGUUGGGGAAAAUUGAUCCAAAUCAAGACCCUUUAUAUGUCUUCGCUCGCCGAAUAUUAUCAAGCCUUAACAGAGGACGAAACCAACCUCCAUGGUUCCGCGAUUGCAAGGUUACAGCUGGCGGAGAGGUCGAGCAAGCAGGCCUACUCGUAUGCGAAAUCAUUUCCCGCCUCUCUCUCCACUCUAUCAAAUCUGGGGUCCGACACUGCAUCAACAAUGCAGGCCAUAACGCGGAGGCAACUCGAGACCGUACAGGAGAAGUUGGCCUCGUUCGUGAAAGACAAUGAUUUCAUCUAUCAUCAGACGGUACCGGCAGAAGCGUCAUUGUCGCCUGUCGCCAAGGUACCCGCGGCCAAACCCAUUCCACUCUCCGAACUUUAUCAGGGGCAAGAUAUACAAAGGAUCAUAGGACCUGAUAUCUUCCAGAAGAUUGUUCCGAUGUCAGUAACCGAGUCAGCGAGCAUGUAUGAUGAAGAAAAGGCCAAGUUGAUCCGAUCAGAAGCCGAGAAGGUGGAGCAAGCAAAUGGCGAAAUGGCGGCAAGUCUUGAUUAUCUAAAAUUACCCAAUAGUCUCAACGUUUUGAAAGGCGGUCUGGACCAAGAAAUGGAUGUGGACAAAGAUUUUGAGGGAUGGUGCCAGGAACUCACCAAUCAUCAACCUUUCAACAGCGCAUUCGAACAGCUCCAAAAGGACAAGCAAGCCGUGCUGGACAGUUUGGCCAAGAGUACGAAACAACUUGACAUGGAGGAGAGCGUGUGUGAGAAGAUGAGAUCUAAAUAUGGAGCGGACUGGACCCAACAGCCCAGUUCCAGAUUGACUUCAACCUUGAGGGCCGAUAUCAAAAGCUACCGAGAGACAGUGGACGAAGCUGCAACGAGCGACUCUCAACUUUUUGCUACGGCACGAGAGUACGAAGGAGAUUUUGAAGAAAUGAGAAAUGCUGCUGGACAGGGCGAGGUCGACGUGUUCUAUCAACAGGCCUUGAUCAAGGCUGGAUCUGGAUCCAAAAGCAAGACUAAAAGUGCAGACGAAGGCACGCUUCUCGAUGAGGAUUAUGGUGAGGGUGGCUUGUCUGUUGCAGAUCAGAUCGCAAAGAUUGAGGAAUUGUUGCGAAAACUAAACCUCGUCAAACGAGAGCGAAUGCAAGUUCUCAAAGAUCUGAAGGAAAAAGUUCACACCGACGAUAUAUCGAAUGUCCUCAUCUUGAACAAGAAAGCGAUCGCGAACCAGGAAAAUCAACUUUUCCAGGCCGAACUCGAGAAAUUCCGCUCCCAUCAAAAUCGGCUAAUUUCAACCGUCCACAAACAAUCGUCAUUACUCAAGGAACUGACAAAGACAUACGGAGACCUGUUGCAAGACAAGAGGGUUCGUGCAGACCAACAGAAGUACGAUGCAAUGCAGAAGAGUAAGAAUAUUGUACUGAACAAAUACCGGAGAACGUUCCAUGCCCACGAGGAUCUGAUACAAGGUCUCAUGCGAGCGCAGGGCUUCUAUAAUGAGAUGAAGGAGAGUGUGGACAGUCUAGAGAAGAACGUGGAAUCCUUUGUCAGCAAUCGAAGAGCCGAAGGGGCUCAACUUCUUCAUCAAAUCGAACAAACCAAGAACAGCUCUGCAGAUGGCCAAGCGGCCGCCGAACAGAAACGAAUGCAGGAAUUGAUGAAUCGCCUGUCAAUGGAACCCAAAUCAGCAUCUCCUUCGCAAACUGAACCUCCUGCUCUUCCACCUCUCCCGCCAAUGAACACGUCCAGAUCUCCAGCACCUGCUUCACCGUCAUAUCCUACAACGAACGCCGAUCCUCGUUUCACCAUACCGCCUCGUCAUUCACCAGCGCCGGUUAUUCCCAAUGGAUAUUCCAAUUUACCUCAGCCGCCUGCUCAACCCACAAAUCCAUCACCAAUUGAUUCUCAACAUCCGUUUGCUCAAGGGGCCGCCGCACCUCUUUCCUUGGGUUAUAAUCCCAUGGCAUAUCCUGAAAGAUCAGUCACCUCCUCAAAUCAACAGCCGGGAAACCAGCAACACUACGGGUUUUCCCCUGUCACGUCUCCUCCAGGGCCAAUGAACACCUACUACUCUCAACAACCCCAAUCUCAUCAGCCACUACCUCAAUCUCUCACACCCUUACAGCCAAUGAACUUCGCCACGCCCACUCAUCAAUACCCGCAAUACACCUAUCCACAAACAGGACCUCCCAUACCAUACCAGUCACCAUCACCACAUCCACAAAUGCCGCCUUCUCAGCCGUCACCAUAUAACAUGCCCCAGAACUAUGUUCCUCCCCCACCCCCACCUGGUCCCCCCGGUGGAGGCUCCACGACGCAAUAUCCCCCAAAUCCCUCUGGUGUCUGGGCCAGUGGACCAGGUGGGUAUGCGAAUUACACUCCACCAAAUCGAUAUGCGCAUCAACAACCUCAGCAGCAGCAGCAAGGACAAGGACAGAGUGCAGGGGCAAGUGGAGGACAGGAGCAAGAUCCUUGGGCAGGAUUAAGUGCUUGGAAAUGA